GCUAAAAUAUAUAACGUGGUGAACAUGGACUGUUGUUCCAGUGCUAAUCGUUGAUACAUCGUUGCUGUUUACUGCGACAUUCACACGCUGGGAUAAUUAUUGUAUUAUAGGGUGUUAACACACAAUGUCAGCGGACAAAGUAUUCCACUCCCGAUCCCAGGGGAUUCCCUCUGAGGGUGUGAAGGACCAGUACGCGGACGGCAAGGCGGCCAGAGUGUGGAAGAAAUACAUUGGCGACAGCAAUCAACGCACGCAAAACUACAAAAACUUUCUUACUGGACUGCUUAGGAAACACAACUGCGUUAGAGUUCUGGAUGCGGCUUGCGGCACGGGCAUAGACUCUAUGAUGCUGGUAGACGAGGGUUUCAAGGUGGUGUCAGUGGACGCCUCAGACAAGAUGCUGAAGCACGCGCUUAAGGCGCGAUGGGAGAAGAGGAAGGACCACAAAUAUGAUGAAUGGAUAAUCGAAGAGGCGAGCUGGGAGACAUUGCCGGAAGACAUCCAGUCUUUCUUGCCGGGCGCGACAUUUGACGCAGUAAUCUGCCUGGGCAAUUCGUUCGCCCACUUGCUGGAUGAGUUUGAAGACCAACGCACGCAGAAGAUGUGCCUCAGGAACUUUGCCAAGGUGCUCAAGCCUGGCGGUCUGUUGUUCAUUGACCACAGGAACUACGACGCCAUGAUAAACAGCGGAGCUACACCCGGACAUUCUAUAUAUUAUAAUUGCAGCUAUCCAGUGGAUAUCAAGACGUCGGUGCUGGUAGUCCGCGGGAAACCCGAGCUGGUGGCGCUGGAUUACCUCAUCCACACAAACGAAGACGCCGAGCUCAAUGAACAAAGUAUGUUCCGGUUGUGUUACUACCCGCAUGAGCUGGACAAGUUCACAUCGAUGCUGGACGAGGCGUUCGACAACAAGGCGGAGCACAGCAUAUACGCUGACUUCAAGGCUUUGGACCAAGUAGAAAAUCCCGCCUAUUACAUACAUGUUAUGCGGAAACCACUCAAUUGAUGUUCCUAUUUUAUUAAAAUAGUACAAAUAGAUUUAAUUAAAAUAAUUAUGAAUGAAGAAAUGCUUGUGGAAUAUUCGGUGCUCAAGUGAAAAAAUAUACUUAACUUUAUUAGUCACAAGCAAAAUUAAAAUUAUCGCCAAGUUUUUUCGCCUUAAUAUGCAUUUUUAGGUUCAUAUUUUAUUUCUCCAUUUUUGAACUGUAUCAUUGAGAUUUUAUAUUACUUUUAUUUUAUACAUUUUAUAAACUUUUAGAGUUAGAAAAGGAAAAUAUACAAAAUUGUAUUUGGCUGUAGAAUUGUUCCUUCCUUCUUUUACAAUGAUAAAUAGCAACUUGACUAAUUAGUUUUCCAUAACUACUAAAAUCCAGGUAACCUUUCUACAUCGAUUGAAUAACUCAGGAACUCGAAUAAUUAUAUAUAUAUACAUUUAUUAGUAAUUCAAGACAUUGUUUGACAUUUUGUUAAAAUAAAAUUGUUGACUUUUUAUAAAUUUUAAUAUGUGGUUUUAUUUGUCCCUUUUCUUGUAAUAUGCAGGCAACAGAUGUGGUAGUAUCUAGUUUAUUGAUUGUACAUUUCUUGUCUCAUAAAAGUUUUCAAAGAUUUCAUCCAACAUACAGCAUACCCACAUUUUAAUAUUCAAGAUCUUCUAAAUAGGAAAAAUAUACAACAAAAAACAAGAGAUAAAUAAAAAAUUUGCUAUAAUUUAUUUAUUUAAAUCAUACUGCAUUUGGAGGAGAAUUGAGAAUUUAAAUUAGAGGGCUUCCGGGCUUAAAGUUAAAAA